GUUGGUCUUUGAGGGCCCGCCACUUUCUGAAGGUCAACAAGUUUUCUUACGAUGUGGUGUAAGAGGAAUUUCCAACCAAAAAGUAUCACUAGAACCUACUCUAUAGUUGGAGCAGAUUUAAAGAAUAAAUACCAGCUGAAUGGUAGCGGGGCGUUUCAGAUCAGCUCUGGAAUUUUCUAACCAGCUUCUAGAAAGUACUAUUACUUCUCCUUGAUACUGUAAUAACUUUAGAAGCGCCUGGUGAACCCCACGAUUACCAGCUGUCAGACUUUUGCGGAAAUGAAGUUCCUUGCACUAAUCGUUUUCCUGGGGAUUACUUGGGCUCUUCCCCAGGACGAUGGACCAAUCUGGGGUAAUACAGGAGGUUCUGUUAAUAGCAGGGCUGGAAAUGACGAUUCCGGGAGAGAUUAUGACGGAUGCUUGUGUGUUCCUUUCUAUUUGUGUAAAGAAGAUAAUAUUAUUAUUGACGGGUCAGGAAUUCUCGACGCCAGACAAAAGCCACCACCAACUGCUGAGCCAGUUUUGAGUGCCACCUUGGGGCCAGAGGGGCCAAAUGGAUGUGGACCUUUUCAUGUUUGUUGCACCUUGCCAGAAACAACCCCCGAAACGCCUUUCGAGCCACACUGUGGUUUCAGAAACAUCAAUGGCCUCAAUAAGCGUAUAUUGAACACUGAAAAAGAUGGACUGUCUCAGUUUGGAGAAUGGCCUUGGCAGGUAAGAGAAAGAAAAUUACCUGUUUCAGUUUGGAGUAUGGCCUUGGCAGGUAAGAGGAAGAAAACGACCUGUUUCAGUUCGGAGUAUGGCCUUGGCAGGUAAGAGGAAGAAAACGAC